AUGGGCCACGCGGCCGCUUGCCGCCGCACGCCCUCAUUGCUCGUCUGGCAGGAGCCUACAGACAGACAGACAGACAGAGCCUACAGACAGACAGACAGACAGAGCCUACAGACAGACAGACAGACAGAGCCUACAGACAGACAGACAGACAGAGCCUACAGACAGACAGACAGACAGAGCCUACAGACAGACAGACAGACAGAGCCUACAGACAGACAGACAGACAGAGCCUACAGACAGACAGACAGACAGAGCCUACAGACAGACAGACAGACAGAGCCUACAGACAGACAGACAGACAGAGCCUACAGACAGACAGACAGACAGAGCCUACAGACAGACAGACAGACAGAGCCUACAGACAGACAGACAGACAGAGCCUACAGACAGACAGACAGACAGAGCCUACAGACAGACAGACAGACAGAGCCUACAGACAGACAGACAGACAGAGCCUACAGACAGACAGACAGACAGAGCCUACAGACAGACAGACAGACAGAGCCUACAGACAGACAGACAGACAGAGCCUACAGACAGACAGACAGACAGAGCCUACAGACAGACAGACAGACAGAGCCUACAGACAGACAGACAGACAGAGCCUACAGACAGACAGACAGACAGAGCCUACAGACAGACAGACAGACAGAGCCUACAGACAGACAGACAGACAGAGCCUACAGACAGACAGACAGACAGAGCCUACAGACAGACAGACAGACAGAGCCUACAGACAGACAGACAGACAGAGCCUACAGACAGACAGACAGACAGAGCCUACAGACAGACAGACAGACAGAGCCUACAGACAGACAGACAGACAGAGCCUACAGACAGACAGACAGACAGAGCCUACAGACAGACAGACAGACAGAGCCUACAGACAGACAGACAGACAGAGCCUACAGACAGACAGACAGACAGAGCCUACAGACAGACAGACAGACAGAGCCUACAGACAGACAGACAGACAGAGCCUACAGACAGACAGACAGACAGAGCCUACAGACAGACAGACAGACAGAGCCUACAGACAGACAGACAGACAGAGCCUACAGACAGACAGACAGACAGAGCCUACAGACAGACAGACAGACAGAGCCUACAGACAGACAGACAGAGCCUACAGACAGACAGACAGAGCCUACAGACAGACAGACAGAGCCUACAGACAGACAGACAGAGCCUACAGACAGACAGACAGAGCCUACAGACAGACAGACAGAGCCUACAGACAGACAGACAGAGCCUACAGACAGACAGACAGAGCCUACAGACAGACAGACAGAGCCUACAGACAGACAGACAGAGCCUACAGACAGACAGACAGAGCCUACAGACAGACAGACAGAGCCUACAGACAGACAGACAGAGCCUACAGACAGACAGACAGAGCCUACAGACAGACAGACAGAGCCUACAGACAGACAGACAGAGCCUACAGACAGACAGACAGAGCCUACAGACAGACAGACAGAGCCUACAGACAGACAGACAGAGCCUACAGACAGACAGACAGAGCCUACAGACAGACAGACAGAGCCUACAGACAGACAGACAGAGCCUACAGACAGACAGACAGAGCCUACAGACAGACAGACAGAGCCUACAGACAGACAGACAGAGCCUACAGACAGACAGACAGAGCCUACAGACAGACAGACAGAGCCUACAGACAGACAGACAGAGCCUACAGACAGACAGACAGAGCCUACAGACAGACAGACAGAGCCUACAGACAGACAGACAGAGCCUACAGACAGACAGACAGAGCCUACAGACAGACAGACAGAGCCUACAGACAGACAGACAGAGCCUACAGACAGACAGACAGAGCCUACAGACAGACAGACAGAGCCUACAGACAGACAGACAGAGCCUACAGACAGACAGACAGAGCCUACAGACAGACAGACAGAGCCUACAGACAGACAGACAGAGCCUACAGACAGACAGACAGAGCCUACAGACAGACAGACAGAGCCUACAGACAGACAGACAGAGCCUACAGACAGACAGACAGAGCCUACAGACAGACAGACAGAGCCUACAGACAGACAGACAGAGCCUACAGACAGACAGACAGAGCCUACAGACAGACAGAGCCUACAGACAGACAGAGCCUACAGACAGACAGAGCCUACAGACAGACAGAGCCUACAGACAGACAGAGCCUACAGACAGACAGAGCCUACAGACAGACAGAGCCUACAGACAGACAGAGCCUACAGACAGACAGAGCCUACAGACAGACAGAGCCUACAGACAGACAGAGCCUACAGACAGACAGAGCCUACAGACAGAGCCUACAGACAGAGCCUACAGACAGAGCCUUUUUCUUGUGGUUUGAGGGAGGGCAAGGAGAAGGAGGGCAAGGAGAAGGAGGGCAAGGAGAAGGAGGGCAAGGAGAAGGAGGGCAAGGAGAAGGAGGGCAAGGAGAAGGAGGGCAAGGAGAAGGAGGGCAAGGAGAAGGAGGGCAAGGAGAAGGAGGGCAAGGAGAAGGAGGGCAAGGAGAAGGAGGGCAAGGAGAAGGAGGGCAAGGAGAAGGAGGGCAAGGAGAAGGAGGGCAAGGAGAAGGAGGGCAAGGAGAAGGAGGGCAAGGAGAAGGAGGGCAAGGAGAAGGAGGGCAAGGAGAAGGAGGGCAAGGAGAAGGAGGGCAAGGAGAAGGAGGGCAAGGAGAAGGAGGGCAAGGAGAAGGAGGGCAAGGAGAAGGAGGGCAAGGAGAAGGAGGGCAAGGAGAAGGAGGGCAAGGAGAAGGAGGGCAAGGAGAAGGAGGGCAAGGAGAAGGAGGGCAAGGAGGAGAAGGGCAAGGAGGAGAAGGGCAAGGAGAAGGAGGGCAAGGAGAAGGAGGCAAGGAGGAGAAGGGCAAGGAGGAGAAGGGCAAGGAGGAGAAGGGCAAGGAGGAGAAGGGCAAGGAGGAGAAGGGCAAGGAGGAGAAGGGCAAGGAGGAGAAGGCAAGGAGGAGAAGGCAAGGAGGAGAAGGCAAGGAGGAGAAGGCAAGGAGGAGAAGGCAAGGAGGAGAAGGCAAGGAGGAGAAGGCAAGGAGGAGAAGGCAAGGAGGAGAAGGCAAGGAGGAGAAGGCAAGGAGGAGAAGGCAAGGAGGAGAAGGCAAGGAGGAGAAGGCAAGGAGGAGAAGGCAAGGAGGAGAAGGCAAGGAGGAGAAGGCAAGGAGGAGAAGGCAAGGAGGAGAAGGCAAGGAGGAGAAGGCAAGGAGGAGAAGGCAAGGAGGAGAAGGCAAGGAGGAGAAGGCAAGGAGGAGAAGGCAAGGAGGAGAAGGUAAGGAGGAGAAGGCAAGGAGGAGAAGGCAAGGAGGAGAAGGCAAGGAGGAGAAGGCAAGGAGGAGAAGGCAAGGAGGAGAAGGCAAGGAGGAGAAGGCAAGGAGGAGAAGGCAAGGAGGAGAAGGCAAGGAGGAGAAGGCAAGGAGAAGAAGGCAAGGAGAAGAAGGAGGCGCUGCCGGGACAAGGCGCGCUCGUCCCGUUUCCACUGUGCGCCGCGGUGGCGUCGGUCUGA